AUGUCUACACCAGUUGGAAAUGAAGCCGUUGACAGGGAUAGCGAGCGUGACACUUCUCCACCAGCAAAGGUAACGAAGUUUGAGUGGAAAGGGAUGCGUCGUCAACGAAAACAUUUGGAUACGGUAUGCUCGCAAGGAUCUGAACGAUCAGAUGACGAUUUCUGCGCUGGUGAUGCUGGUAAACGUUCGGUGACUGAUAGCGACCAAAGCGACUCACCUGCAGCCGAAUCUGAUCGUCUCACUCCUGUCCCAAAGUUCAGAUGCGAUGAUUCUGAUUCCAGCGACGAGAUGACACGACCUGCUUCAGGUCAUGGAGAUCUGCUUAAGAAUUUGGAGAAUAUCACCGAUUCGUCGGACUCGUCACAGCGUUCGCCUGAACACACGGAAUAUGAUGAGUCGAAUGACUUGCUUGAGCAUUAUUCGAACAGUCCACCGAAUGUUCCCGAGCUACCUGAAUCUAGCGAAGAAGCUAAGACGCCGUGUUUUUCACAGGCAGAUCGUGUCGCCACCUUGCGUAAGCGAAUGGCAGUUUAUUCCCCAAGCGAUAGCAUUUUGUCACCUUGCACAAUGAAACUCAACCGACCGAAGAAUUUCUUCCGCAUGCGACAGGCUAAAGCUUCGUCGUUGUUGUCAGCUGAAGAACUGAGUGAAGAAAAUGAUGGGGUUGAAAUGGAAGAUACUACCACUGUUGAAGUGGGUACACCUACAGAUGAUGAAGCCAAUAAAACCGGUGACGAGGAUACUACUUUUACAGAAAGCCAGGAAGGUUCUGAUCACGAUGAUUUCUAA